GCGCUACAAUUUGCUUUAUUCACUGACGAUUCUAUUGAUCAGAUUUGUCUACGUUGAUACCUGCACGGGAGGAAGGAGGGAGAGAAGUCAACGAUGACAGCAAAUUUUAGUGUAGAGCAACUGAGCGAAUGGUGGUGCAGGAAACAAGGAAGAGGAGCGGCUUGGAGGUGGGAAUGGAGAUAACGUCACGCUGUGGACAUCAGGGAUCCACAGAGCUGGGUGGAGAUCAGAUUUAACUUGCUCUCUCUCCUCCUUUAAGAUGCUUCUCAAGUAGCCUCACUCCCUAAAACAAACGGAUAUUUGGCAGUGAGCCACAUUCUGCAGCCGCCAUGUUUUCUUUCAGGUAGAAGGCAGGCCCUUUCUGGUGUAAACAAACGAGAUCGGGCUACAGUGACAGUCAUCCCUGAUGGCCCGUAUCUGGUUUAUACCCUGUAACUUGUCCCUCUAUUAACGGGGUUCUUCAGAAUCCAGCCUCAGAAGCCCUCCUCCUGCAGCGGUGGCCCCCACCUCCGGCCUGGCGCAGCUCACGUGGUCCAGCUUGUGCAAGACCCAAUUCCAACUCCGGGUUUCCGGCUUUUGGCCACUGAAGAUAAAACCUGGGACUGGUGCUAGUCGGCCCUGCAGGCGGUGAGCCUGGGGACCGAGGAAGCACGGAGAUUCCCCGCCCUGUUCCCGAGACUUUCUGGCGCGCCGCCAUGCCCCGCCCUACUCCCCGCCCCCGCGACGCAGGGCGCUGGCUGCUGCUACUCGGCAGCUCUAGCUCCGGCGCCGCCGUCCCUCUCCCCUGCCCGUCUCUCUCUCCCGGUAAACUGCGCACGCGCCACAAUGCCCCGCCCCUCUCCCCGCCCAGUCGCGCCCCCAGAAGGCAGAGCGCACGCUGCCGCGUUUCCGGCGAGACCUGGCUGUCUUGCGCCGCGGCUUCUGUGCACUUGUGGACCGUGCGUGCCUUCGGAAGACCGGUGCAGGCCUGGGGUAGUCUCCUGUCUGGACAGAGAAGAGAAGAAUGGAGAAGGGCUUCACCCCAAUGUGAGUGGGCAGUAAAUGUCAAUGGAGUAGCCAGGAGCUUCUGGAAACCAGAGUCCCUUUCCUCAGCUGAAAACCCUAAAAGCAGAGUACCAUCCUUGGUUGUGGGGCUGUUCUUCGGCAGCCUAGCCGGCCUGGGUUCUUACCAGCUGUCUCAGGAUCCAAAGAACGUUUGGCUUUUCCUAGCCGCUACAUCUGGCACCUUUGCUAGUGUUAUGGCAUUGAGAUCCUACUACCAUGGAAAAGUCAUGCCUGUAGGUUUAAUCGCAGGUGCCAGGUGCAGAUGGCUGGCGUUUUUACUCAGUAGUGCCCUUCUGCUACAUCUGUCUGAGGAGCCACAGGUGGCUGCAGCUGGAGAGGGCUUCUCCUUUCUCUUCUCCCCUACGGCCACAACCCUGACAUGCCUCAUGCUUGAAAAGAUUCAUCAUUCAAACCAUAACACAAUGCUAUGUGGGUAGCUCAGCUGCCUGAGAGAGGAUCAGAAAACCCAACUCUAAUGGGCUGAUGAAUGGAAAAUACAUUACUAAUGUAACAUUCAAAGGACACUCUUGCUUUAUUUCACCCGAGUAGAAUGGAAAGAUGAAUAAGUAGGAUGACUGUCGGCCAAUAGUGUGGUUUGUAAAUGAAAAUGUCGAAGGGUGGUUUUUGGCUUUUUAAAAUCUUGUAUGUUUAUCUUUCGUGUGUAUACUUGAAAGGAUAAUAAAAUAUGUUUUCUCCCACUAGAAUAUGCAGUUAAGUGUUAUUUCCUCAUAAGUGUUCAGCACCCGAAUUGUUUUUAUGUAAAUGCAUUUUUAGUUUUUUAGUUUAUUCAAAUGCCAUUUAGUACAUUUUGACACAAAUGAAAUUAUAAAUUCACAUUAAAUAGAGUACUAGGUAAAAUACAGAACACCUAACUUUGAAUUUAAGAAAAAUGAUGAAUAAUGUUUGUUAUGUCCAUGCACUAUUUGAGAUAUAACUCAGGCACUACAUAAUGACAUUUCAGUCAACUAUGAACUGCACAUAAAAUAGAGUCCCAUAAGAUUAUAAUAGAGCUGAAAAAUUCCUAUUGCCUGACGUCAUAGCCAUCAUAACAUCAUAGUGAAAUGUAUUAUUUACACAUUUAUAGUGAUGCUGGUGUCAAUCAACCUAUACUGCAUUGCAGUCAUAUAAAAGUCUAGCAUACAUAGUUAUGUACAACAUAUAAUACUUGAUAAUAAACCACUAUGUUACUGGUU